GGCAUGGUUUACUGAGCCUAAAAAUUUUAUUAUCUCUCAGGGCCUCUCUCAAUCUAAGUCAGACUCGUCUCUUUUUAUUUUUCACAAAGGGUCUACUUGGAUUUAUUUUCUUGUCUAUGUUGAUGAUAUUAUAAUUACAGGAAGUGACUCUUCUACUGUAUAGUCUCUUAUUCAGAUCAUGGGAGCUCGUUUCUCCUUAAAGGAUUUGUGGCCUCUUAGUUUUUUCCUCGGUGUUGAAGUAAUUCCCACUGUUAUUGGUCUUUUCUUAUCUCAACAUCGGUACAUUAUUGAUCUCCUCCAACAGUACAACAUGCAUGAGGCCAAGCCUAUGCCCACCCCUCUUGCUGCUUCCACUUCAUUGCAUCUUGGUUCUGGUUCACCUCUUUUUGAUGGUUCUAGUUACCGGCGGCUUCUUGGCUCCCUACAGUAUCUUGCUCUCACUUGUCCGGACCUCUGCUUUGCUCGUGCUCUAUCCUUGCAUGCCUACUGGGCUGACGAUCGUUCUACCUGUAUUAGGACCACUAGUUAUCUGGUCUUCCUGGGAUCUAAUCCCAUUUCUUGCCAUGCUACCAAACAGAAGGCAAUCGCUCGGAGCUCCACAAAGGCUGAAUAUCGCGCCUUAGCAUUUCUUGCUUCUGAACUGGUUUGGGUUCGCAAUCUGUUAUCGGAACUUGGAGUUUCUGGUAUUGGCUCUCUUGGUCUAUUUUGUGAUAAUAUUGGUGCCACUUACUUGAGUCUCAAUCCCAUUCUACACUCUUGUAUGAAACACAUCGCUGUUGAUUUACACUUUGUUCGGGAUCUGGUCGAUCAGAAAAUCCUUCAUGUUUCGCACAUUUCUUCUCAGGAUCAGCUUGCCGAUGGCCUUACCAAGGCUCUAUCCAUUGCUCGCUUUUCCAAUCUGUGUUCCAAGAUUGGUGUUGCAGAUGGCACCUCCAUCUUGCGGGGGCGUGUUAAGGCAACUGUAUCUCAAGCUUCUUCCACGUGAUUAGCAAUCAAUGAGCCCAUGGUUCUAGGAUUCAUUCAAUCUGUAAUUUAUGUGUUUAUUAUACUAUGUCAUAUAUAUUGUUUCCAUAUCUGUUAGGACUUUGCGUUGGUGCUUCUGUAUAUAUUAUUCACAAGACAGCAAUAAUAGAAAGAACAGUUUGUC